AUGACAUCGGAUGCACUGUCUCAGGGCAAUGUGGUGCAGGUGACUCUGUAUGGUGCUCUGGUCCUCCUCUGCCUGCUGGGCAAUAGCCUGGUUCUCCUAACGGUCCUUGCCAUGACUGUGAAGCAUGGCACCAUGGCUGCUUCUGACCUUCUCCUGGCCAACCUCUCCACUGUCAACCUCCUUCUCACAGCACUGCGGAACACGCUGAUCUUCACAACUGACCUGGGGCUACAGCUCUCCUUGUCCGCCGCUUGGUGUAGGGUCUUCAUGUUCACCUGGGUGCUCUUGAGAGCUAUGAGCACCUGGGCCACUUCCUGCCUGAGCAUCUUCCAUUGCCAAACUAUAAGGAAGCAGCAUCCCCUAAGGGCUAGGGAAGCCAGAGGGGCCAGGGACACAGCUAUCGCUGUGUCUGCCCACUGGAUGGUGAAUGCGUUGUACUCUCUUCCUGCCUUGGUGUAUUCCAGCCAUGCAGCUGGGAAUACCACUCUCCCCCCAGUGCUAGUGAGCAGUACCACCAGGCCUUUGCUGGGCUGCACAUGGGCUUUCCCUUCCCAGCAGAGCGGGCCGGCCUAUGCCACAGCUUCCUUAGUCAUCCACGAAACCAUGCCCAUGGUCCUGAUGUCGGGCACCAACAUGUACACCUUGCACAAACUGAAGGGGCACGUGAGAGCCAUGGGGGCUGAGAACGGGGUGGCCAGGUUUGCCUCUGAGUGGAGAGCUGCCAAGGUCAUCCUGGCCCUGGUUGUUCUCUCUGUGGGCUGCUGGGGGACCAACACGCUGGCAGUCGGCUAUCACAGCUUCACCAGCUAG